CUGGCGUAUGCCCGCACCACACGUUGUGUACAUGAGAAAGACGUAAAUACAACAUCCACAUGUGGAAUAGGCAGGUGGGUACCUGGGUACUUAGGACGCGCGCCUUCCAUUUCUUCUUGUCGCCGGCAAAUGCGUCAUCGUGGAUACCUCCGUCCUGUGUUCCGGGGGUAUGUACAUACAACAUGUACGUGCCUGACGUCCUCCCUAGAGCGAGGUACCUCCCGCCUCCCGCCUCCGCCCAUCCCAGCGGCGAUGCCAGGCCAGGUACCUGCUCUAAUCUCACCGAACCGAGGUGGACCGCGUAGGGGAGAUACACGGAUACUUGUCUAGGAGGUACCUAAGGUACAUAGGAGGUAGGUAGGUAGUCAGCAAGGGCCGUGCUUCGAUGGGGCUUUCGAUCCGUUGCCGUUUCUCUCCGUAGCUCUCAGCUGCUUGCGCUCCGACCGAGUCGAUGGGGGUACCAA